AUUCCUCUGUGGGUUUUAGGCUUGCUUACAGCUGUUAAAGCAUCUCAGAUAGACAAUGUAUCAGCUCAACCAGGAGAGAAUGUCACUAUUUGCUGUCAACACAACUCAGAAACUGGAAAAAACAUACACUGGUUCAAGCAAACGAAGAGUUCUGUACCUAUUGCCAUUGUAUACAUGAUGAUAAGCUACGAGCUUAAGGAACUGCAUACUAAUUAUUUAAAUGGUUUUCAACAAGAUCAUCUGCUAAUGUCUCUGAACACCGAAAACACCUCCCUACGAAUUUUAAAUGUGGAUGUUUCUGAUUCUGGUCUGUACUUCUGUGGUUGGAACUCUUGGAUGAUGACAUUUGGUGAUGGAACACAGCUAGAAAUUAAAGAGAGGAGUAUAACACCACUGCAAAAUGAAACAGAAAAUACAAAUAAAGAUCUGAACAAGAGGCCGAUUUCUACAAAAGACUGUUCUGAAAACAUCUUUUAUAAGCUGACCUUUAUUUUUGGUGGUAUUAUUUUUAUUCUUACCAUCAUUCUGCUCACCACGCUCAUCAUUAAGAUACAUAACAGAAACACGCAGGGAAAAGAUGCUGAUGGCCAUGAAACACAACAUCAUGAGGAGCCUCAUUCGUCAGUGUAUGCCGCUCUACAAUUCUCAAAACACAAAUCCAGAAGAGCAGCCAGAAAUACAGAUGAUACAGAUGUUGUGUAUUCUGCCACUAGAUACAGCACACGGUCAAAUACUUUAGAUGCAAGCAGUAAGCAGGCCCUUACUCAAGAGGCAGGGGUUGUGAAUGAGAUCACUUCCUAUACAGACCUUGACAGGAAGAAGCUGUUCAGUGUAGAAUGA